AGAAUAAUUGUAUUAGUGUGUAUAUUCUUUGUGUUGGGACCUAUCAUUGGUAUCAAAGCCAGGUUACUAAUGGGUACUAACAAAGAGUGUAUUGAGCACUUGAAAUCUAGACUUGGUGUAGUUCACGCAGGACUUCAGCGAAUGGAGGAAGCUAUCAAUCGACUUUCGAGUAUAGUGAUCGUAAACCAGGAAAAUCCUACCCAGGAGAAUCCUAACCACGACAACUAUCACCAAGAAGGCGAUAAUGGGGGUCGGCAGAUCAUUUCCUCCAAAACGGCGAGGCUGGAAUUCCCACGAUUUUCAGGAGAUGACCCAACCGUAUGGUUCAAUCAUGUGGAACAAUUCUUUGAAUACCAAGGCACGGCAGAACACCAAAAGGUUCCCAUGGCUUCUUAUCACCUUGAAGGGGAGGCCAACCAGUGGUGGCAGUGGCUUCGUAAGACGUUACCGAAAGAAGGACAGGUGAUUUUAUGGGAAAGAUUCCAAGAGGAAUUAUGGGCUCGCUUCGGACCAUCAGGCUGUGAAGACUUUGAUGAAGCUCUCUCAAGAAUCAAGCAACUGGGGACGUUGAGAGACUAUCAACGUGAAUUCGAGAAGCUCGGCAACAAAGUAAGUGGAUGGACGCAGAAGGCGUUGGUGGGGACGUUCAUGGGCGGCUUGAAGGCUGAAAUUUCUGAUGGGAUUCGGAUGUUUAAACCGAAAUCCCUCAAGGAGGCCAUCAAUUUAGCACGAAUGAGAGAUGAGUAGCUUGCACGACAGCGGCGGUUC